AUGCCAACGCAUGAGCUCUAUCCAAAGCUGACUUUCAAUCUCACUAGUUCCGCGUUUGACGAAGCUUUUAUAGCCUACACACCCAAAACGACCGUCCGUCAGCGUCGCCGGCAGCGGACUGGCUCGCGGCCGAUAGCGACGCACAAUUUCAGCUCAGCCGCCGCAGCUGAGGUGUCCGAGUGGUUAAGGAGUUGGACU